AUGACUUCGGCUACCUUUGUUUGCGAGGACGACUUUGACUGUUUCCCAAACGGCAGUUGUGGUUCUGACCUUCGCUGUCUUUGCGACACUGGCUUCUAUGGAGUGCAAUGUGAGGACACAUGCCCCAUCAAGUGCCAAAACGGAGGGCAGUGCGUGGUGGAUGAUGCACAUGUGGUGGUGCUAGAUGCCAGAUGCGACUGUCCGCCCGAUUUCCUAGGAGGUCUUUGCGAACAACCACGACAAAACAGCGCUGGCGCCUUGCGGUCGAGCCAAGAAGCAUCUUCAAACGCAGGCACGAUGGUAGGAAUUACCCUCGCGGCAGUCGCUGUGAGUGGUCUGCUCUUGGUGGCUGGGGUAUGGCGCCGCCGCCGUCUUCAGACUAGCAAGGAGUUCACUCCCACAGAGGAGGAAGUAGCAGACGAAGACCUCCCUUCUGUAACUUAA